UGAACUCGACGUCUAAAAAGAUCCUAGGCGAGCUUUCGUUUGCAGAAAGGAAAAUCGAAGGAGGAAAGCAGUUCAUAACCCUUUGGUCCUUUAACAAAAUUGCCUGCUAGUAUGUUUCGCUCCUUUUCUCAGCUGUCUUUGAAGAAAGCGAAUUGCACCUCAACAGAGUGUAAAAAUAUCAAAGAGUGUCUCGAAAUUGGGGAAAUAGAUGAGGAAGGGCUGAAGGAGAAAGUUGAUGGUCUUAGAGAAAUUUCAUCUACAGGUAAUCAACUAAAAGCACUGACUCGGCCACAGUCAGGAGAUAGAGAAAUCAGUACUCUUCAAAAGCAGAUUGUAAAUAUUAUUGAAAGCAAACCAUAUCCGUGUGCUCUUAGUGAUAUUCUGCACAAUAUUUCCAUCUCUGCCACUGAAGAAAAAGUGAACAAGUGUAUCAAUCAACUGGAACAGGAGGAAAGGAUCAUAAAAGUCCUGCAAAUGCCUCCUAUGUGGAGAAUUCCAGAAACAACCGAGGAAGGCAAGGAUGACGAUAAAGCGGCAGAAGAUAUGCCACCAUUGGAGACACUAGUGCCGGACUAUGAAUCAGAUGAAAGUGAAGAGGGAGUAGAAGCAAAGCGGGUAUCAUCCACUUUUAGUCCUGCAAUUAGUCAGAGUAAGCGUCUUCCGAUCACAAACCAUGGUGGAUCUCUUCAACCUAGGCAGUCUAUAUCUGAUCCUCUUUCAAGCCGAAAGGGAAGCACAUCGUUAGCAGGAGGUCCUCCUCCACCUCCCUCGGCUCAUUUCUACAGCGCCUUGAUGUCACAGUGUUCUAGGAAACCAAGUCCAGUUGUCAUUGCAGCCAGGCCAACCUUUUGCUCUACGUCACGUCCAAAUCUGCACUCCACAAGGUCUCAACCACCUCGUCCACCGAUACAAUCUUUAGAUCCACGACCAAGUCGACCUUCAGCGGUAGCAUCACGAUUUUCGCCACAAUCACUCAUGGAUCUUGAAACGCCCUUGAACUCACAUGUUGCUUUUAAAAUGUCAUCAAACUCUGAUGCUGUCAACCUACCUGAUACACGAAAAAACCGAGGGUAUCUUAGAGAGACCAACGCUUUGCAGGAGGACGGAACCACGAGUUCUCCAAACGAGUCAUCCAACGUUAGUUCAGUUCCCUUCACACAGCCUCAAGUGUCCCAUUCUAUGAGUGGCUCAUUUGGGUAUGGAUCAACUCCACAGAAGAAACCGCCAUUAGCACAACAAGCUCUUGCUAUGUCUUUCCACAAUUCUUCGCAUGCUUCAGUAACUCAGGGAGCUGAUAGGAUUCCUCUCCCCCCUUCAGCGGAACGUUUCCGUGAGCUGGUCAGCCGUGGACCCCAGGCAGUUCCAACAUCGACCAAGAGCCCCGUAGCUUGUACACCUCAUCAAGCUUCAACGCUAAGUGACCUCGAAGCGGGGGUGCUGGACUUAAUGAAAAGAGAAAGAAAAUCUUUUCAAACUCUUCAUUUGGCCCGGCAAUUUGGUCUGCACAGAAAGAAGGAGAUCAACCCAACUCUUUACAAACUGCAGUCGUUGGGCUUGAUUUACAAGAUGCACGAACAUCCACCAACGUGGAAGGUGCGUCACGAAGUGAGUUCUCUGACAUUCAAAGGUUUAAAGCCGGUUGAAGUCAGCUCUUCUGCACCUGCCCAGAAAAGAGCAUAUCCCACUGCCGAUGAGCAAGGACAUGAGCAGUUAGGAGCUAAGAAACACUUUCAGCCAGCGGAUACUUCUCCGACUCCUCCCGGGAGUGGGGUGGGUGUCUUUGGGCCUUCCCAGCGAGGAAUGCUCUCGCCCAGCUUUAAGAGUAACCCAGUGGCACAACCUGCAUCUUCCCUUGGAUCAGGAAAAAAUCCUCCAGACGUUCUCUCCAAUGUCGCUUAUUCCGCCAUCAACAAAAAUCCCGUCAGUGCUCUAAACGAGUACGUGCAAAAGAAUAGAAUGGAGCUGACGUUCGAAACACUUAGCCAAGGUCGUGCAUUUGUGGUUGCUGCUAAGAUAGACGGAAAACUAUUCCCUUCGGCAGAAGCACGAAACAUGAAAGAUGCAAAGCGUGAAGCCUCAGAUGUUGCUCUGAGAACCUUACUGGGUCGCAAUAUGAACGAAGGUAUCGAAGAGGGAUCUUUGGCCAUCACUGACCCUUCUGCAAGCGUUUUGAGCAAAGUUAGCACGCAUUUUGAUCUGAUAGCUGCACUUUCACUUCAUAAAUUCUUGCAGAUUGCAGCCUCCAUCUCCGAAAAAUUUGCUGGUAGAAAGGUUGUGGCAUGCAUGAUUAUGAAAAAUAGCCCAGAAGACUCUGGCCGAGUUGUUGCCGUGGGAACUGGUAACCGUUGCGUUACUGGAGAGAGGCUGAGUAUGGAAGGAAAAGUGGUGAACGAUUCUCAUGCUGAAAUUGUUGCUCGUAGGUCUCUGAUGCGAUUCUUUUACAGACAAUUAAAUAGUUACUACGAUGGAAAUGAUUCUAUUUUUGUACCGAAAGAGGGGUCAACGAAGCUUGAUGUUCGCGAAGGUGUCUCAUUUCACCUUUACAUCAGUACAGCUCCGUGUGGUGACGGUGCCUUGUUCACUCCCCGAGAGGAGCCCAACUCUGACCUCUCUGAAUACUCCAAAGAGCAUAAUCCUAUAUUUACAACCAAGCAACAGGGCAUUCUGCGAACAAAGAUCGAAGAUGGCGAGGGUACUAUUCCAAUUGAUUCAUCUGAUGGUAUUCAAACAUGGGACGGGCUUUUACGAGGUAAACGGUUACGCACCAUGUCGUGUAGUGACAAGAUUUGUCGCUGGAACGUUUUGGGACUUCAAGGCGCACUUCUUAGUCACUUCAUCGAGCCGGUUUACCUAACUUCCCUGACACUUGGAUACUUGUACGACCAUGGUCAUCUCUCGCGCGCAGUUUGUUGCCGCCUUCAACACAACAGUGACCUCAACGCGCAGCUGUCGCCUCCAUAUCACGUGAAUCACCCGUGGCUUGGACGUGUUACCGCAUACGACCCACCGCGUGAAACAGAAAAGACAAAUAAUCUUAGUGUUAAUUGGUCAAUUGGAGACACGGGCGCUGAGGUCACUGAUGGUAGAACGGGAGCAUGCAUGUCACGAACAAAUAACAGCCCCACUCCUUCGCGUGUAUGUAAGGCCGCGCUUUACACAUCUUUCAAAGAAAUUGGUACCAAAGUCGGUCGUGAAGACCUGGUGAACGUUGAAACAUACAGUGAAGCAAAGAAGAUGGCGACUGAAUUCCAAAGAGCGAAGCAGAUGAUGUACGAGUAUUUUAGCUCAUCGAAGUAUGGGUCAUGGGUAAGCAAACCCAUGGAGCAAGAACUAUUUUAGUUUUUCUUCUGUCGUUUGCUCUGCUGCUUUAAUAUAUGAUAGACAGUGAUUUGGGUUAUACUUGAUAAAAGCGUUCCAAUUGAGGUUAGGAGCUACCUUAAAUGGGCGGCCCAGACUAUCACGUGAUGUAGACGCAUUGAAAACGUCAAGAAAUCAAGGUUGUGCAGCUCUUCAUGACGAGCUGCGUUGCCAAGAUUAACAAAAUUUAAUGGUGUCAUGUUAAACAAGUCUUUCCAAAACGCAAGCGUCAUUAACUACAGUUCGGUGUGUAUGAUAACUAUACAAAUUAUACAGUUUAGAAGGAACGCUCAUUAAAGUUCAUGUUAUAGUUUUGUCA